AUGACCAUGAAGUUGUCUAGCAUCGUAGCAACCUCCCUCCUCGCCGAAUGCGCCCUUGCGCAGUCCGCCAACGACAGCCGCUGGACCAACGAAGCCGUCUUUCAGGAUUCCAUACUCAACACCACCAACGGGUACCGCGAGGAACACGGCGCCCACGAUGUCCACUGGAACGCUACGCUCGCAAGCUUCGCCAAGAGCUAUCUAGAUCGCAGCAGCUGCAAGUUUGCGCAUUCUCACGGGCCCUACGGCGAGAACCUUGCCGCCGGCUACGUGGCGCCGGCAAGCGCUAUCCGUGCCUUUGGCGAGGAGCGUAAGAGCUACAACUUUAGCAACCCCAACUGGCAGCCACGGGGCGGUCAUUUCACCCAGCUGGUCUGGAAGAAGACCAACGCCAUCGGCUGUGCGGCGAAGCACUGCGGGAAGCGGAUGCGCUGGUACCUGGUCUGCGAGUACUCGCCCCGAGGCAAUGUCAUUGGCGCGUUCAAGUCAAAUGUCGGUCGCAAAAUUCGGUAG